AGGAGGUGAGUAAGUCGAGACACAAAAUCUGCGCCGGUUCCGUUCAAUUUGACCUCAACCUUCAUUUCGUGAUACCAAUUAUGUUUGGCAAAUUAGUAUAAUAUUCUAGAAAUGUUCCUCUGUUUUAUGUUUUAUUUGGCUAUGUUUCUCUUCUUUGUUUGUGUGUUUUACUUUUCGUGGGCAAGAUAAAGGUUCAGACUGGUAGGGUGAUAUGGUCCAAUAUGAGAGUUGAUUAAGUAACUAAAUCAAUGAAGCCGGUGUUUACCGGAUCUUUAAAGAAAACAAGAGAUGAUUAAGUAUAUAUGUGCCAUGGCUUCCAAGCGUCACCCUGAUAAUGACAAGAUCAUACAUCGUACAUCGUACCAUUUGUAAUUUCUUACUCUUAUUAUGAGCAGCCCUCCAUAAUAAACUAGCAUGUAGCUUGUCCUUAAUCUAAACUGACAUUAGGAAAGUGUGCCAUUUGUAAACCACCACUGUAGUGGAGGGACGGCCGACCGGCUGUCUCAUCUGGAGGAUUAAUAUCCCUGAGUCCCUGUAGCCAUGAACCACCACCCAUCCAAACUCUGAAGCCACCAUGAAGCAUCUCCAUCCUGUAGGCCUCCUGCUCUCUUGCUCCUGUCUCCUACUAUGCGCAGUCGCGCCGGUGAGAGCGGACACCCGGCGUGAAGUUGAAGCACUUGUGAGGUGGAAGGCUAGCUUGUCCGGUGCCGAUGAGUCCCUUGGGCCAUGGUCCAUGGCCAACUCCACCAGCCUUUGCAGGUCGACGCACAUCACCUGCGACCCGGCCGGGCACAUCAUAGAGCUCGACCUUGCCUACACAAUUCUGAACGGCACACUUGACAAGUUAGACUUCUCAGCCUUUCCCCACUUAAGGAGUCUCACCCUGAUCCAGAAUGGUCUAUUCGGUACGAUUCCAGCAGGGAUUGGCAACCUGACGAGCUUGUUCACGCUGACGAUCAUGGAGAACCCGUACUUAAGGGGGCGCAUUCCAUGCAGCAUUGGACAGCUGAAGCAACUUUCUUAUCUGCAACUGGAAGCUUUGGGGCUCGAUAGCACACUACCUGAAGAGAUUGGUAACUUGACAAGCUUGAUGGUGCUCAGUAUAAAUUUGGUUACUUUGGCAGGAUCGAUACCACCAACAAUUGGGAUGCUCAUGAAGCUCCAGAUGCUGAGCCUGACAGGCAAUAAUUUGACAGGGAGCAUCCCAAUGGAGAUAGGAAACAUGACUGGACUGCAGAACAUAUACCUUCAUGAGAACUAUUUGGGAGGGCAGCUACCAGGUACCAUCUCUCAUCUGGUCAAACUCCACUAUUUGGAUCUGUCAGAAAAUCAGCUGGUAGGUCACAUCUUCCCCGGGCUUGGAAAUAGCAGCCUCCUUGAGGUAGUCCACAUUGCAAACAACAACUUCUCUGGGGCGUUCCCAUCAUCCAUUUGCGUAAAAGGAGCACUGUGGGCUGUCAAUGCUGAAUAUAAUGGAUUUACCGGUAUUCACCCCCAGGCCUUUCAAAACUGCACAACCCUGGGAAAUGUUGACUUCACAGCAAACAACAUUUUUGCAGAGCUAAGUGACUGUUUUAGUGAGCAUCCAGGACGCCUGUACUCCAUGGCUUUCAGUCAAAACCAGCUGCAUGGCACGCUUCUGACAGAUCAGGGUGAGGAUUUCCUUUGUAACCGUACUAAUUUAUACUUCCUAGACCUAUCGAACAAUGCCUUACAUGGAGGUCUUUCCAAGUGUUUCUGGGACUUGCCAAGUGGGCGAUACCUGGAUCUGUCCAGCAACUCUUUCAGUGGUGUAGUUCCAUUCUCGAGGACAUGUCAAGAUUAUCUUAAAUAUCUACUCCUAGCCAAUAACAAUUUUACAGGAGCUUUUCCUCUAGGUCUUAAGACAUGCAAAAAGCUUUCUGUUCUAGAUCUUGGAGGCAAUAAUUUUUCUGGUACAAUACCUUCUUGGGUAAGCAUGAGUUUGCCUGAACUCAACUUUCUUCGACUGUCAUCAAACAUGUUUGACGGCAUCAUACCCCACGAGAUCUUACAAUUUCGUCAGCUACAAGUAUUGGACUUGUCCAAAAACAUGCUCACCGGACCCAUUCCAGACGAUUUUAGGAAUUUUACUGGCAUGGCACAAGAACAGAACUACAGUGACUUCACAUACAAUGAGAAAUAUUCUUAUCAAGUGGAAAUUCAAAUAGUUUGGAAGAAUGUAGAUCAUCUUUACACUAUGGUGAUAGCAGGCAUGGCCGGUAUCGACUUGUCUGGAAACUCUUUGUCACAAGAGAUCCCAAAUGGGCUCACAACCCUUCUUGGACUUAGGUACCUGAACUUAUCAGGAAAUCAUCUGUCAGGCUAUAUUCCUGGAGAAAUUGGCAAUCUGGUACUGCUGGAAUCCUUGGACCUUUCUCGGAACCAACUCCGGGGGCAAAUUCCUCCAAGCUUUGCGGAUUUGAAGAGUAUAAGCACUCUGAACCUCUCAACCAACUGUUUAUCAGGGAGAAUACCUAUGGGUGAUCAGCUGCGGACACUCGAUGACCCGUCAAUAUACAGCAAUAAUCUUGGUUUAUGCGGGUCUCCGUUGGAAGAUUGCGUAAGCUCGUCAACACCGACGCAAGCUGAAACGAGUCUGGAUGAAGAUAGAGAGACACUGUGGUUUUACUGCUUUGUGGCUGCUGGGUUUAUCUCUGGGUUCUGGCUAUACUUGGGCUUCUUGUUUCGCAGCGAGACAUGGAGGUAUUCAUUCUAUCAGUAUGUGGACAACAUGCAAGCGAAGGUGACCAAGAAGAUACGAAGCUGCAUUUCGUGCUUCCAGGUCAAAGGGCCUGAAUGAUGAAGUUGAAGUGCGUCGCUUGUUGUUGAAGUAAUGGUGUAUGGCGUACUACAUCGAGCAUCUGUGUAAUAUUUCCCUUCCUUUGUUAGUUGGACGGUUGGUUAUAAAAGUACUCCCUCCGUCCCAUAAUAUAAGAGCGUUUUUGACACUUGCCAGUAAUUUGAUGUUAUUCAAGUUUUGUGGCGCUGAAACCUACUGGUUUCAGAUUUGAUUGUUUGGUAGCCAAGGCUAUUUGGAGUGAAGUGAAUGAGUUCUCUGAAAUCAGUUAGUCAUAAUUUUGAUUCU